GUUAAUGUCAUAACAAUUGAUUAUCUAUUGUGUCUAGAUUCGCGGAGCUUGAAGGAUUAAUGUAACCGUGUUGUGGCAAAGAAAUAAUUAUUUAUUUUCUAUUAUAUUUAAUAUUAUAAAUGCGAAUAUCUCCAACACCAGGUCCAAGCACCCUUAAUCCAGUGCAAACAAUUUCGAUGGCUGAAGAAAUGAAAAAAAUAAAAGAAAACAAAAAAAUAGAAAAGUAUGCCCCCAAAGUUCGUUUCACGGAGCAGAGAACGAAGCGCCUUGCACAGCGAGUAAAAAAAGAAGUGGGACGUUUUAUGUUGCCUGACGCCCCACCCCCAAAAAUGAAGAACAAGGGAAAUAAUUUGCCUGAGCGCAUAAAGUGCCCUUUAACUCCCGCCACACCAGAAGUUCCUCCUGCCCGUGUUCCCCAGGCUUGGGAACUUAAAAAAAGAAAAACCAUACCAGAGGCAAGCAGUCCAUUCCAACACAUAGGACCGGAAAAUGAUAAUAUAUCAGAUAAUGAGGACACCAUGGAAACAUCGUCAGCGUGUCAAACGCCGGUCGAACGCGCACAGCCGAGCACUGCAGAAGUUGUUAAGAUCACUCCAUCGACGGAGGUCAUAAAAUCCGACGAAGAUAUCUCCAACUACCAGAUAGUAGACAGCGAAGUGGGACUAGUCGGAUUUUCUGAUCCUGCCUCCCAGGUGCCCGACGCGCUUCCACUUCCAGCAUCAUCAAAGCCAGAACUAAAUAGUGACAAGAAGGAAAAACAGAACGAAGCAGUGAAAAAGAGAGCAACACCCUCUUCUGGCUCUCCUCGCAAGAAGGCUCGUCACUCUCUGGGAUCCAGCAAUAAGCGAACACUGGUGGAUUCUGGCAGCGAGGUUGAGUCUGAUGAAGACGAUGAGGGAGAGAAGUACAACAUUAGGAUGCUGGGAGAAGGUGAUGGGUGCAAGGAUAGAGUGAUUGGUGAUGGGGUGGAUGAGGAACUUGAGACACCUGCCGUGGCUCAAGAGCAUGGAGCAUGCGAGGAUGCAGCUAUAGGUGAAGAUAGUGACGGGCUGGUUGAGAGUCUUGAGCAACCUCCAGUGGGUCAAGAGUGUGAAGGCCUGGAUGUUUUCUCUUGGUCCAAAGAUUUUUCUUCGUUUUCUGGCCAAGAGGAAACAUACUUGCGCUCACCUGGCCCGAUGGUGGGGCCUCAAGACCCAGCGCAAUUAUUUAUGGAAGUUUGGGACGAAAGAAUUAUGACAGAAAUUGUAAGGGAGACAAAUCGAUAUGCAUGGCAAAUUAUCAGUUCUAUGACUAUGUCUGAACACGGUCUUCCAAAAAAUCUGAACUGGACCGACACCACAGUUUCAGAAAUGUACAGGUAUUUUGCUUUACUUAUUCUAAUGUCUCUGUGUCACAGGGCAAAAAUGGUAGAUUAUUGGACGACAGGGAUCCUCGAAAUGCCUAAAUUGCGAAAAGUCAUGUCGAAACAUCGAUUUUUCGCAAUAACGCGAUUCUUGCAUUUCGUGGAUAAUGAAAGGAAUGAUCCCAGCUUGUCAUCAUAUGAGAAAAAAAAAUUAAAAAUUUCUUCCAUUAUUAAACAUUGCAAUAAGAAAUUUAGGGAAAUCUAUACUCCUAGUAAGCACCUUAGACUGGAUGAAUCGCUGCUACUCUGGAAGGGUCGGCUUAGCUGGGCACAGUGUAUCCGGACUAAGGCAGCCCGGUUCGGGAUUAAAUCCUUCGAACUUUGUGAGGCAACAUCUGGAUACCAGCUAAAGUGCUUACUUUACGCAGGUAAAAGUUCUUCAAUGUUAACAGAAUCCACCCAUGGGUUCACGAACUGCACCGCCAAGGUCGUUCUAGAACUCAUGGAUGGAUACUUAGACGUCGGACACACACUAGUCGUGGAUAAUUGGUAUAACCGAUUAUCCUUGACCAGGUUUUUAAAAAGGAGGCACACGGAUGUCAUCGGAACUAUGAAUCGUCGCCUGAUGAAUGUUCCCGAUGACAUCAAAAACCUUAACGAAAAGCGCAUGCUGCGAGGCCAACAGGUGGCUCGGCAUUGCGGUGACAUUAGUUUGAUCGCCUGGAAAGACGUCAAACUAGUCACCGUGAUGUCGACCUACCACAAUGAUCUACAGUCUCCGUCGCCUACUAAGCAAGUGGACAAAAAAAGCAUUUUAAAACCCAAUACCAUACUUGAAUAUAACAAAUAUAUGGGCGGGGCGGACUCCAAGGACCAGAAGCUGUCCAUGUACCUCAUGGAGAGGAAGAGGGGACAGAAAUGGUAUAUGAAAGUGUUCAAAAGGCUGUUAAAUACCAGCCUUUUGAACACUUACAUAAUAUACACCAAAAAUCCUAUGCCCAGACCACUUACACACAGGGAAUUUCGUGUGGAAGUGGCCCUCAGUCUUUUGGAACGUUUCUCUAGUAAGGAGACCCCAGUCAACCCUGUAACUCCAGCAUCUCCAGAUUUGGACAAAAACGUAAGACGGCUUCAGGUGGCGGACCAUUUUCCCGCCCACACAGGCAAAAUGCCCGGUAAGAAUAAACAUAAACAGCUCAGAUGUGUGCGAUGCACUGCUGCAGGCCGGCGCACAAUGGUAACAGUGAAAUGCACAUUCUGCAAUGUACCAUUAUGCUUCGGCUCUUGCUGGGCUGAAUACCAUCAAUUAAAAAAAUUGUAACCCAUGAGCCUAGAUUAAUAAAGUCCCGUCUAAAACAGAAGAUUUUAUUUUUUCAGUUGGGAUUGUUGGCAUGAAAGAUAAUUUUGACCGAGUUGCGUAUGAAUGAUAAAAUUGUAUGCUUAUGAAUGAUAUCACCUCAGGCAUACCGCGACCUCCAUCUGCCCCUUCCUAAUAGGCCUCGGCCAUCAGAUACGGGGGUGUCUGGUGGCGGGCGUCUAAAGAGGCCGCGACGGCGCAGCACGUGUCCUGCGUGCCGCUCGCAGGAGGUUGAAGGCGUAAUAUCGCCUUCCUUGGUUUGGGCUUGGUUUAAGCGAGUGAAAUGCCGAGCAGGGAACGCGGACGAAUGCUUGAGGCAAAAUGCCGAUAGUGAUGGCCCGCGUUCCCGACUCAUAUGGCUACCGAGGGCAACGUCAGGUUUUUAGUGGGUAGGCCCUGCCCUUCUGGCAGGGAGAACCCCACAUAACCCACUAACUGCCCCCGCGGCUGGUGGGUAUACAAAUCAAUGUAUUUUCCUGACGAAAAUUAUUAGGCAUACCGCGAUCCGCGACAGUGGUAUCUACUCUCGCGACCCCAAACGUGUCGGUCGACGGCCUAUUUUGAAUUUCUGUAGUUUGUUAGCAGUUGAUGCACAGUAUUGUAAAAUUUGGUAUUAGGGAAGUGUAAUCUCUCGAUAUAGUGUUUAAUCUCAUUUCUGCACUUCUCUGUUUUUAAGUUUAUAAAGAAAAAGAAAACAUGUGAUUUUGUAGAAUAAUAAUUUUCACCCUUAUUUACAUUUGAUGUAAAAUUUAAAUUUUUGAUAAAUUUCUAAAAAGUUGUAAUUAAUUGCAGUGGUUGUUGAUACCAGUAAUUAGUAAAAGAAUUGUUAAAAGUAGAGUUUAACAGAUUCCGAGGUUGAUGACAAACAAAUAUGGUAUUUUUCUUUAUAAGAAAAGAUUUGUUGUGUUAAUACGUUAAACAGUAUUGAGUAUAUACCAAAUCUUAUUGAUGUACAGAACUAGGUAGUAUUGUAAAUUAAGUUUUUUAAAAGUACUCUUACAUGGUGGUGAAUAUUGAAAUUAUAUUUUUUUAUAAGCCUACUAAUACUAUGUACAUGUACGUACAUAUGUUUUACUUUUUCCCUUGAUUUUUAUCAUAGUGUUUACUAAAACACUAUAUUAAUAUGUAUAAAAUUAUAUCUGUGGUAUAACCUUAGAUUAAUAAAGGGUAUAUACUACCCGUUCGCGCUAAGUUUGCCGGUCCGUGGAAUGCGCGUCCCCUCCCCAACCGCGAUUAAACGCAAUUAAUGUGUCUUAUUUUACACAAAUACACAAUUUUUAUCAAUAAUAAUAAAUAAAAAAUAUUUUAAAUAUAGUUUGAUAAAGUUAUAGACGCUUCUCGAUUUAGUUCCAACGGGACACAAUUUCAACGGGACACAUUUUCAAUCAGACACAUUCCCACGUGGACACAGUUGCAAACUGACACAAUACAGUCAGUCGAAUAAAUGAAAGUGAAAUGAAAAAUAUGAAAAGUAUAGAUAGUCUAACACCCAGACCGGUCACAGAAAUUAAAAUGCAUCAUUUCAAUUUCUGCCCGGCCGAGAAUCGAACCCGGGACCUCUCGGCAUAGUAGUCCAUUCUGAACCACUACACCAAACGGCAGACGAAUACAUACCCAUGACAAUUAACACAUUUUAUUAUUAUUAUUUUUUUCACUAAAACAUUUAACUGAUGAUACAUUAAUUGAUGUGUCCACGUGGGAAUGUGUCUGAUUGAAAAUGUGUCCCGUUGAAAUUGUGUCUCGUUGGAACCAAAUCCUUCGAGUGACGUCAUAUCGCCAACGGCAAACUUAUGCGAACGGAUAGUACUAAAAUUGAAAUGUUUAGUUUAAAAAUUAAAUUUUUAUUAUAUUAAAGGAGCCCUAAGUCAUCAA